AUGGGUGACAACCUUCGCGACAUCCCAGAGUUCAUCGAGCGGGAGAUGGGCGAAUCCCUCCAAGCGCGUCUCGACGCACUCGGCACAUUCAAGGAGCUCGGCGCUCCCGACCUCUGUCACAUCAUCAAGGUCAACGUGAAGCCCGCCAUCAAGGAGACGAGUUCAUACCACUAUGUCUCUGGUAUCGAUGCUUCGUCCUCGGCCAGUCUUGCAGCAUACCUCAACUCGCUGACCUAUGCUAUGGACGAGACGCAUGCUUGGUUCUCCAAGAGUGCCCAAUGGCGUAUCCGUUCCGGCGUCUACUGCUGUUACAAUGCUUUCUCGCGAGUCGACGUGCGUGUGGAGGUCAAGAUCCCAGGAGGUGUUGAAAGCUAUGCUAUCAACGUUAGAGGCGAGAGGCAGGAAGCGACGGCAGCAAUUUGGCAGGAAACAUACGUGUCAGCAAUGCUUCGAUCGAUUCUUUACUCUGACGACGCCAACUACCGCAUCCCUGGAUUCCGUAAACUCGACCCCAUCCCCGACGUUAGCGCACAGAAUCGUUUCUUUGAGGCUGCUGAGCAGUUGUUCUUCAAGGGAUCUCUCUUGGGUAGCAACCCCGAGAUCCAGCUCCCCACCGUCGUCAACAACCACCUCACCGCUGCCGUCAUGAAGUACUGCCAGGAGAGUUUCCGCUUUGACCUUGCCGUCCAAUUCUUUGAGCGUCUCUUCCGCCUCGAGCCCGAAGUGGCAUCUUUGCUCGCUCAGUCAUACAUCGGCACCGAUGAGGAGCUGAAGGCGAUCAACGUUUUGUACGAUGCAUUGAAACAGAUGCCUCAGAGCUAUGCGCUGCUCCAUGUUCAGGCAGACUUUUUGCGUGGCAAGGGCAAACUGGAGAUGGCACUUCGCCUGGCCAAGCAGGCUGUCAACCUUGCCCCUUCGGAGUUCAUCACCUGGGCCAAGUUGACCGAAGUCUACAUCGACCUUGGCGACUAUGAGAGCGCACUGUUAACCCUGAACUCAUGCCCUAUGUUUACAUUCAGCGAGAGAGAUUUGCAGAGGAUGCCCAAGGCUGCCAAGGCUCACUUGCCCAUUCGCAGCGACAUUGACCUCUCACUCAUCGACGACGAGACUGGACGUGAGCACGAGGCAGACCCAGCAUUGCUCAGACUCCCUGCCCCUUCACUGCGUGGAACAUUCUCGAGCGCAUAUAACUUGCUGACGCGCUUGGUGUCCAAGAUUGGAUGGGAUGAGCUGUUGCGCUGCCGCUCACUUGUCUUCGUCAUGGAGGAGGAGUACCGCAUGCAGAAGGAGGCCGAGGAAACGAUGCGCAAGGGAAGCCAGGCCAAGGUCAUGGCUCAUCAUGACGAGAUUGAGGUUCCCAGCCGUGAUCAGCUCCUUUCGCCCAACGGUACUCCUAUUCCCAUCAUCAAGAUCUCGACCGAGUCUGAGCGUGAGCGUGAACAGGAGGAGGCUGAGGAAGAGGCCAGAGCCAAUGCCGUUGAGGCUGCUCUGGAGAAGGCCAAGGAGGAGUCUGCUGCUGAUGACAAUGCCGACCGCUCGAUGGAGGAAAUCAAGCUUGACGACCUCUCGAUCCACAGCGACAAGGACCAGGAUACAGAGAAGGACCAGGAUGAGGUUGAGGCUGAUGCCGAGGUCGAGGCUGAGACCGAGGACAAGGACAAGGAGGCUGAGGAGGAGAAGGCUGAAGAGGUCGUUGUUGACCAGUCAGCGAUCAAGAGCAAACAGAUCGAGAAGCCCAGCAUUGCAGCAGCAUCAUCAUCGGACGACGAGGACAACAGCAACGAGGAAGAGGAAGUUGAGCUUUCGUUCUCGUUUAGCAACAAGCGUCUCUGUGACCGCUGGCUCGACAACUUGUUCAUGGUCUUGUACGAGGAUCUUCGCCAGUACACCAUCUGGAGAGCCGAGGUCCAGCACUUCAGGACCGUCAAUGCCCCUUACCGCAAGUCUGGAACUGACUGGGAGAUUUACGGAGAUUUGGCAACGCGUCUUCACCAUCGCGAGGAGGCCAAGGAUGCGUACCAGAAGUGUGCUGAGCAGAAGUUCUCUGCCAAAGCUCUUUUGCGUCUUUUGGAGAUUUACUCGGACGAGACCAACCUCCACCGCGCCAUGGAGGUCGCCAUCAAGUUGUGUGUCUACCAAGAGCGCUGGUACCAUGAGACCAUCUUCCCUACGGCAAUUGCUCACAACUUGAAUAAGUUGAUUCAGGCGGAGGGAUUGGCCAAGGUGCAAAACACGCUGAUUGCCCUCAACACCUCACCAGCAGUGUUCAAGUUGAUGUCGAGAUACUUUAACCGUGCCAAGACAUUUGACGUACCCGGUUCUGGUCGUUAA